AAGAUGUCGUUUAUGCAGCUUAAAAGAAGACUCUGGAGCUGUUUGAAGUAACCAACGCUUGACCUGAGGAUUUAGGGACUUAUUCAUUUAGAGUAUCCUUUCAAAAGGUGAAAAGUGUUUAAGGAUACAAAAGAUGGCAGAUCGUUUUAGGCGUGUAGAGGAAAAUAAGAAAGAGCAAUCACGUCUUGAAGGCAGCAUCGCUGACUUAGAUCGCAUGGCAAAAGCAAAUUGCUCAAAACUGGACCGAGAAAUGUCUGCCCUUUCAAAUAGCUUUGAGAAACUGCAUCAACGGACAACAGAUCUCCGUGAAUUUGAAUUAGAGACUAAAGUUGAUCGAUACUUGUCGACUUUGAAUCCAAAUAUGAAUGUUCAGGUUACUUCCAGUGACAAGUGGUCAUCUAUGCCUUCGUUGAUGACGUCGCCAAAAAUGGCACGGAAAUUAACGGAAGAUGCUCUCAGGCAACACGAGCUAUCAUUAAGGGAGAGCGACAAUACUGAUCGGAAAAUACCGAACACUGUAUCGCCUAGAUUGUUAAGAAAGACUAUGUCAUCGAAGCACAUAGGUAUCACCCGUCCACCGACCCCGGCUCUUCCGACAAAAUUUUCUUUUUCAUUUAGUCCACCGUCGCCGGGCUCCCAGCCUAAGCUGCAUUUUUACGGGAGGGAAAAAUCGAUUGCCACAAACACGAGUAAGCUUAACGCAAGUGACAAUUCUGCACUUAUAUCGCCAAGAUUGGAACGACGAAUGCAACUGGAUGUUAGUUCGAGCAAAGCCGACAUUAGAAAAACAGCAUCUUUGCCAGAUAUUCCGUCAAGCCCAGGGGAAUCUCCGAAGCUCACGCGAAUUCAAGAAUUACGUUUAUCUGCACAUUAAAAAAACACUGUAAGCCAAAAAGCCGCUGCGUUAAAAGAUAAACGUUAUAUGUUUUAAAUUGUUUAGGGGAAUGUUUUUUAAAUACGUUUAUUACCACAUUCCUAAAUGCAAGUUGCAGACUUUAUAAAAAGCUUAUGGAUAAUCAUUAUACGUUUAAAUGGUUAAUGGGCAAUAGUUAUUUGGCGUCUACUAGCCAAUUCAAUUUGCUUUCACCGAAUGUUUCUAUAAAGCAAUUUGGUUUUAAUUCGAUAAACAUAUUAAAUACAAGUUGCAA